UUGUCAGGAAGCAAGCUGAUUGGCCGAGGCCUAGCAAAGGGUGCCCGGGGAUCCAAAACUGCAGGCCGCACUUAGCUUACCGUCAAAAAUAAACCAAAACAAUAACAGACAAAAGUGAGAGGGGGGAGAAACACCGAUAGAGUCAGAAGACGACGUUAUCAGGUUGAAGCUGCCUGUAGUACUCUAAAUAGGCAAUGGAUGGAGCCAAUGGUCAACAAUACCCCCCUUCUGCCAUGUGUAUUAUACUCAUACAGAGGCCAAGGGAUUGAUUACCUUGAUGGAACGAAGCACAUCAAAUAUCUUAUUGGUUUUAUUCUAAGGGUUUGUCUUCAAAUGUGAAGUCUUUUUCUGAGUGAAGACAUGGAUCAAGGAGGAGGGGUGUUGGAGCUACACACUCAGGAGCUGAAGAUGCCCCACGCUAUGAUCAUGCAAGACUUUGUUGCAGGCAUGGGGGGUCUGGCUCACAUUGAUGGGGAGCACAUUGUGGUGUCUGUGCCCGAGGGUAUGCUUCUUUCUGAUGUGAUGACGGAUGAGGGCAUCCUCCUGGAGCAUGAGCUCGAGGUGGAAGGCCUAGAGACUCAGGUGGUUCACGGCCUGGAGACAGAGGUGGUUGAAGGACUGGAGACCGAGGUGGUGGAGAGCUUACAUGCCGAUGUAGAGGGCUUGGAAGCGGAAGUGGUUGAAGGGCUACAGACACAGGUAGUAGAGCUGGAGGCUCAGGUCGUGGAAGCCCUAGAGGGUGAGGUGGAAGUGGAGGGUCUCGAGGCACAAGUUGUGGAGGGUCUGGAAACUGAGGUAGAUGUUGAGGACCUGGAAGCUCACGUGGUUGAGAGCCUUGAGGAGGAGGUGGAAGUGGAGGGUUUAGAAGCUGAGGUUGUUGAAGGUCUGGAGGUAGAUGUGGAAAGUCUGCACUCUCAAGGGGUGGAGGCCCAUGAAAUGACAAGUGAAGACAUGGUGACCUCAGAACACAGUGUAAUCAUGCCUGAGAAUAUUCUGGGCUCAGAGGUUGCGAUAGAGGAAGCACUGGACCCCCAUCAUCACCAUGUCCUGACCUCAGACCUCAUCCAGGACUCAGACCACCACCAUGAUGACAUGACAGACCAGGUGUUUGUGGCAGAGUUACUGUCUGAGCACCAGGGUAACACUCUGGACCACCAGCUUGUGUCAGAAGGCUUGAUGGUGACAGAGGCCAACUCUGAGACCAUCAUCCACGAACAGCUGCCAACUGAGGCUGUUCCCCUGCAGACCGAUGAGGAUGAUGACGCAAGAAGCAGCUCUGAGGAUUACCUCAUGAUCUCUUUGGAUGAGGUGGGAGAGAAGCUGGACAUAGGAGACACUCCCCUUGAGAUCAGCACUGAGGUAAUGGAAGACAAAGAAUGUAAAGAGGAGGACGGCGCUGAGGUCAUCAAAGUCUACAUCUUCAAAGCUGAAGCAGAUGAUGAUUUAGGUGGAACGGAGGUAAUAACAGAGGAUGAUUACCAGAAUGGCCACCCUGACCUGGAAGCCGCAUCAUCAGGCAGACUAGGAGUUGGCCGUGACAAGAUGGUCUACAUGGCAGUCAAGAACCAUCCAAAAGAAGAAGAGGAUGAUGAGGAUGACAGUGAUGAUGAUGAUGAUGACGAUGACAUCAGUAAUACCAUUGAUCAGGUGAAGAAUGGAGCGUCUGCGCCAUUUCUGCAAAUCCGAGAGGGGCUGGGUGCCAACCGUACCCUCAAACCCAAAGCAAAGAAAAAGAAGAAAGGAGAGAUUCGGCAGUGUCAGACUGCUGUUAUAAUUGGACCAGAUGGCUUGCCUUUGACUGUCUACCCCUGCCACAUAUGUGGAAAGAAGUUCCGCUCACGAGGCUUCCUCAAAUGCCACAUGAAAAACCACCCGGACCACCUGCUUAAGAAGAAGUACCAGUGCACAGACUGCGACUUUACCACCAACAAGAAGAUCAGUUUCCACAACCACUUGGAGAGUCACAAGCUGCUGAACCACAACGAGCGCUCUCCAGAAUACACGGAGUACGCACGGCGCUACCACGAGUCCAGUCCCCUGGGCUCUGACAAGCUCAUUGUCAAGGACCGGGAGCCCAAACUGCAUCACUGCAAGUACUGCGAUUAUGAGACAGCUGAACAGGGCCUGCUCAACCGUCACCUGCUGGCUGUGCACAGUAAGAACUUUGCGCAUGUGUGUGUCGAGUGCGCCAAAGGCUUCCGCCACCCAUCAGAGCUGAAGAAACACAUGCGGACCCACACAGGCGAGAAGCCCUACCACUGCCCGCACUGCGAGUUUCGUUGUGCAGAUCAGUCCAACCUAAAGACUCACAUCAAGAGCAAGCACGGCGCAGAUCUGCCUUUCAAGUGCAGCCACUGUCCGCAAGCCUACGCUGACGCACGGGAACUCCAGCGUCAUAUAGAGAUGGUGCAAGGCCACAAGACCCACCAGUGUCCACACUGUGAGCACAAGAGCACCAACUCCAGUGACCUGAAACGACACAUUAUCUCUGUUCACACCAAGGACUUCCCGCAUCAGUGUGACGUAUGUGAGAAAGGCUUUCAUAGGCCCUCUGAGUUGAAGAAACACGCGGAGACACACAAGGGCAACAAGGUGCACCAGUGCCGGCAUUGUAACUUCAACGCUCCCGACACCUUCACCUUGAGUCGCCAUAUCCUGUCCUUGCAUACGAAGGACCUCCCCUUUAAGUGCAAGCGCUGCCGGCGAGGCUUCCGGCAGCCCGCCGAGCUAAAGAAGCACAUGAAGACACACAGCGGUAGAAAAGUUUACCAGUGCCAGUAUUGUGAAUAUAACAGUACGGACGCUUCUGGCUUCAAACGCCACGUCAUUUCCAUUCACACCAAGGACUACCCCCACCGCUGCGACUACUGCACCAAGGGUUUUAGGAGGCCUUCGGAAAAGAGCCAGCACAUAGCCAGGCAUCACAAAGACAUGUUGAUGUAAUGUCCUCACGCACACAGACACACUCCUCUUUCCCAAGUAAAUCUGUCUCACACACCCAGAGGUAAUUUUAGUGUAUUAACAAAGAAAUUACAGAUGUAGGCUGUUGAUGAAGACGACAACAUUAUAAUUGCCGUUCUGUGUCGUAAUGGGUGUAAACCUCCUCCCUUAAGGGUAAUGCAAGAACACAUUUUAGAUGGGGACAAAGUGAAGAAAACGACAGUGUGUACACUGAGUGGGACAGCUGUACAUUGUGUUUUGUUUUGUUGCAGAAAAUCACAUAUGAACAUAUAUUCAGGGUCUCAAAUGUCUAUAUUUUUAUACCCACUCAGCUGAAAUGCUGCAAGAUGAUGACUGUGUCCUGUAAAACAGAAAGUGGUGCUUUGUGAACGUCAUGCCAGUUCUUCAGAUGAUGCGGAAAGAGUACAGGAGAAGUUUGACUCCAUAGUACCAACUAGUAUCUCUUUUCCUUGUUAACCAGCUUUUACCCUGACAUUUGUUUUCAAUGCCAUCUGGUCUUCCAGGGGCAUGGCCAUUCAUGAGUUCAUAAAUGGUUUUGAAUGAUGUUGAUACACAUUACGCACCUUAAAAAUAUCUCAAUAAAUCUAACCGUUGAACUUCCAUCCUUUUGGAUUUUCCUCCCAAGCCUGAACACUUGGAGUUCCAUUAAAUCAAUCAUGUAUAAUAUAGGCUGUAUUCUGUUAAAUAUGUCUUAAAAGUUGAGUCAGAAAUGUUCCGCAGUGUUUAGCAAUGAGGAGAAAUGGUGCCGUUGGUAUAUUAGUAGAAUAUCCCUUUAGCGUACGUAACACAUUUCUGACAAAUCUGCUCUGAUGGUGCCGAUAAGUAACAGGUGUAUCAUUUUCUGAACUUGUCAGAUUGUUGGCUUUCACAUUGGACUACCCCUGAAGUUAUGUCUGACUGCCACUGUAAGUUGCAUUUGUAUGAUGUUACCUAUGACAGAUGUGCUCUCAGCUAACCGUUUGAUUGCAAUCAUGCCUUACAUCUGUUGGUUUUUAUCCCUUAAGCACUGAUGAACACAGCUAAUCAGAAAAUAAGUGAUUUUUAACUCUCAAACAUGCUGUAUCAAUACCAUUCUCUCAGAGAUUGUGUGUUUGAGUCAGUAGAAAGCACUUUAACUUUUUUGUUUUUUAAUUACGUGUGUGUACACACGUGUGUGUAUUAUACAUAUAUGUGUGUGUGUGUGUAUGUGUAUGUAUGUAUAUGUGUAUAUAUAUAUAUACACACACAUAUAUAUAAAUAUAUAUGUAAAAUCCUAGAUAAUAAACAAUUACAGAGCUUUGUGAGUUGGUAAUGGUAAAGAUUGUUUUGAGUGUUAUCGCUAGCAAGUGGGCACGAAUUUACUCCCAUCUAAACUGAAUUGUCAUUGAAAGUGGUGGGUGAAACCAUUUAUUGUUUUGUUCUAUGGAUAAGUGAUUGGGUUUUGUGUUUUGUUUGUGCUCACUAACAAGUUUCCCAGACCCUCAUCCUACAGUCCCAAAUACCCCAACCCAAUCCCAAACAUGGGAUUAUUCCCUUGAAGUCAGUGGUCAUCAUAUUGGCAUUAGUCUUUAAAGUAUGCACAUAUGCUGUCUCCAUGAAAUUAAUUGUGGUAUAUAUUAAAAAUCCCUGCAUUUCGUGUACCUUUAGUCUAUAAUUUCUUUCAGUCUGAUUGUGGAUAAACUACUGGUGGGAAAGAACCAAAAUAAACGAUUAUCUUUUUA